AUGGUCCAAAAACAUCUACCAAGGCAAGAACAAACUAUCUAUUCCCCUUAUUAUUAUCCUAAUUUUUCGCGCUACAAUUAUCCCGCAAAAAUUGGCGGUGAUGAGGAAAUAUACACUGAACCUAAAUUUACUUUUCCACACUGGGAUGACGAGGUUUCCGGUUAUGCUCCACCAAACCGUCGCCUUCGUCGAAGAGCAUCAUCUCCUGAGUUUUAUGAAGACCUAGAAGAAUAUUUUAUAAAAUCUUUACAUACAUCACAAAAAACAAAUAACUCAGAAACCGAGCAAGAAGUCAAGCAAGAAGUUGAACAAGAAGUUGAACAAGAUGAAGGUGAAUCAAAUUGUGAGAAAAUUCAAGUAGAUAUCGAACUGGCACGUCGUGAUCAAAAAACUGAUUACGAUCAAUUUCGCAAAGUUUAUGCAAAUUUGGACGAUGAUAUUCGUGCUUUACAACGUGAAAUCGAAGAAUUUGAGGCCGCUUGUAUGGCCAGAGGUUGGGGUUUAACAUCCGAUAAUGAAGAUUGCGUUCGAAAUUCAGAGCUGACAACUGAAACUGUGUCAGGUUCUCUUAUGGCAGCUGUAGUAUCAGAUAACUCUGGCCGUCCUUUAGCAGUCCCUUCCGCAACCGCGGCUGCUGCGGAACGGAGGCCACCAACGAGAAAUAAUAAAAAUAGAAUUAAUCGUUCUGUCAGUUUUAGUGGUGGCAGCACAAAUGGAAAUGGUUCAAGGUGUCUGGGCUUAGAAGAUGGUUGGACACAAGAAAGAGUACAUCAUCAAAAUGAAUGGAUUCGAUGUUGA